AUGCCUCCACGCACGCGCCAUUCCAAGCACCGCAAGGCCAUGGAGAACAUCGACUUCACCGAUGCCGACUACACCGAUAAUGAUCAUGACGCCUUUUCCUCCGACGAAGAUGACUUUGUGCUCGCGUUUGGUAACCUGUCCGUCAAUGCUAUCCUCGAAGGCCGUCGCUUCACCUGGCCCAAGAAGGCUAAGGCUCUGAUCGUCCAGCACGCCCUCGCUGGUGAUACUCCCUUCGCUGCCCACUCCCUGCCAACGCCUUAUCAGCUCCUCACCUUGGGCCAGGCCCUCGAGCUCCCGUUGAACCGCGGCAAAGAAGUUGCCAAAAUCUGCAUCGACAAAUUGGUCGCUCAUGUCCAGAACACCCUAUCUCCUAAGGGUCUCCCUGGCUUGAUCGAGGAGCGCCGCCGCAGCGAUGGCUCUUGGCACAUUGCUGUGUCUAAGGCCUUGAUCAAGGAAGCCCGCCGCGAUACUUUUACUUGGCACUCCAUUACAAGCGGCGAUGUGGCCGAAAAGCAUGCAGAUUGUGGCCGGAAAUUCCGUGAGAUCAAGAAUGGUAACGACACUAGCAAGACGGCUUUGGUGAAGGAGACUAUGGACUUGUUGGUCCGCGGCGACGUCAUCACCAAGUCCUCCAAGACGUCCCCAAUGAAGGCGAAGCCAGACCUCUCGUGGCUCAAGUCUCCGCCGCCCGGUCCUGCUGCAACCUCGCCAAUGCCGCUACCUGCCAUCGGCAAGACUCGCAAGUCCGGCUACUACGGCAACUUCAUUGCUUCCGAUACCAACUACGCCUGCAGCAGUGACAGUGGCAGCGAGAGCGAACCCCAGAGCGUCGUCGUGAAGAGCAAGACCAAGACCAAGACCAGGAAGCCACAGGAGAAGAUGCCUUCAGCGAAUGCGAACAUGGACGAAUCUCCCACUCCGAUGCCGAAAAAGUCGACCACUGCCAACAAGUACAAGUACAAGUCCAUCAAAGCUGGUGGGGCGUACAACUGCGACAGCGAAGACGAGAUCAUCCCACCAAAGCAGAGCAAGUCUUCUUCUGCUUCUGCGAAGAAAGACAUGUCCUACUCUGUCCAGUCCGACAGCGAGGAUGAGAUGACUCCACCGAAGUUGAACAAGAUAACCUCCGCUAAGAAGUACAAGUCCAUCAAAGCCGGUGGAGCGUACAACUACGACAGCGAAGACGAGAUAAUCCCACCAAAGCAGAGCAAGUCGUCUUCUGCCCACAAGGAUAUGUCCUACUCUGUCCAGUCCCACAGCGAGGACGAGAUCACUCCACCCAAGUUGAGCAAGCCAACCUCCGCCAAGUCCAUCAAAGCUGGUAGAGUGCACAAGUCCGACAGCGAGGACGAGAUCACUCCACCGAAGCUGAACAAGCUGACCUCCGCCAAGAAGUACAACUCAAGCGUGCCUGCUGCUGCUGCUGCCGCCGCCGCCGCCGACGAUUUCGAGAGCGAGAACGAGACUCCUGUUCCUAAGCAGAAGAAGUCCGUGAACAGGAAGGACAAAGUUGCUCUCCUCGUUGCAGCUGCUCAGUCUGAGAGCGAGGCUGGCACUGUCCCAAAGCCGAAGUUCUCCCCUGCCAAGCAGGUUCAAGGCACGUCGCGAAAGCAGAAGCAUGUCUUUUUCAACGAGAGUGAUGGCCAGUCGGACGAUAAACCAGUCAAGACCAACACGGGAAAGGUCGACCAGCUCGCGGACGGGCACUCCACCAGUUCGAAGACUGAGCAGAACGCUGCGCUCAAUACCGACACCGCCUCUGAUGACAGCAUCCCACAGGACACACGCAGCUACAUUCAUGUCCUCAAGGCUUGUGGUCUCAAGCCAGCUGAGAUGGCCGACAAGAUCAUGCAGAAGAUGGCAGAUGAGCAGGGCGCCGCGCUCAAUGCCAAUACUGGCACCACCGGUUACACCAUCCCUGAACAUCUUCACACCCUCGUCCAUGUGCUCAAGGCCUGCGGCUUGACGCCAGCGGAGAUCGCCGACACUUUGACGAGGAAGAUGGCGGAUGAGAAGCAGGCUGCUGCCUCCAAGUCUAUGUCCGACGCUCCCUGCCUUCUUGGCGAUUGA